AUGAGAAUCUUCGUGCAGUCAAUCGACUACAAUAUCUGGAAGAUCAUUCUCAACGGACCGGACGUUCCCACCAAACAGAAUACUGAUGGAGAAGUAGUAGCAAAGGAAGACAGUGAAUGGACAUAUGAAGAAAAGAAGAAGGUUGAACUCAACGCCAAAGCAAUCAACCUGAUGCAUUGUGCAAUCAGUUUUGAAGAGUUCAGAAAAGUGUCAAGGUGCAAAACGGCUAAAGAAAUCUGGGAUAAGCUUAGACUCACUCAUGAAGGCACUAAGCAAGUGAGGGAAACCAGAAUUGACAUGCUGAUGAAGGAGUAUGAAAUGUUCAGUAUGAAGGAGGAUGAGAGCAUCGAUCAAAUGUUCGAAAGAUUCUCAAUAAUCAUCAACAAUCUGGACGCCAUGGGAAGAAACUACUCUGAAGAAACCUUAGUAAGGAAGAUUAUGAGAAGUCUUACUAAGAAAUGGGAAGUGAAAAGCACAGCCAUCUCUGAAAGGAAUGAUUUGAUCAAAAUCACCUAUGAUGAGCUAAGAGGUAAGCUGCUGGCUUAUCAUGUCUCAAGACAAAGAUGA